CGAUCUUUAUCAUGUCAGAGAAGCUAUUGCAGCUACAUGGACUACGACAAACUAAGAUGCACACACCUGGUAAGUAGCUCUACUGGCUAAACCUUUCCCAUUAAAAGAGAGACAGUUAUUUCUGAGUAUCUGCCAUCUGCUCACUGUCUUUCCCCCACACAACUGUCCUUUUCUCUUCCAGGGGAUAUCCCCGUUGUACCACUGAAUUUUAUCAUGGUUGCCAUAGCGGGGCAUUAUAGCAGGGACACAGUCGAAGGAUGCAUUAAAGAAACUCUGCAGCUCUUAUCACGAUCAAUCUGCACACGAAAGAAAGUUGAAUUUACUUUCCAAGGAAUCGGUAUCCUUACAAUUGAAAAUGACAAAGUAAAAAUGAAAUUUUUUCAGGACUUCUUGUCUGCAGUGGAUACAAGUGGCAAUCUGGAAAAAGGUAUUGCAAAGAAACCUCAAAAUGUCAGUUCAACUAUAGCAAACAUCAAAAAUUCGAAGAGAAGUCCAAACUGUGUUCUUUAAUUCCCCAGUUGAGUGCCUU